AUGACGCAGAUAUUUUGCGGCAAAGUAAUGGAGUCGUCGAGAAGGUCAGUGUCUGCGCUGCUGCGGGAGGCUGCCAAUCGUUUGGAUGAGUUGGAACGAGCUAAUACCUCGGAUGGAGCUCAGGAAGGAGAGGCAAGACGGGACACAGGAACACCAACAGUUGGCCGACAUCACCCUGUUGAUGCUGAAGUUUCAAGACUAUUUUCUGCCUACACAUCUGCUAGGCCGAGGCAGACUACUAGGCAGCUGUCAAGGCAGCCAUCCAGGCAGCCAAGAUCAAUCCAGCGGUAUAGCUACACACAUAUGUUCUGUUGCCUUGCUAAAAAAGAUUCCAACUUUGCACCAACGGCCAUUGAGAAGGAACGUCUCCAAAGAGCAGGGCUGGGUGCGAGCCGCUUGAACUUUCAAGGUGACCCAUCAUGCCCUGGUCAUUUCCAAGAAUUUAUCCUAUCAGCCUUUCCCAAGUUGAAGGAUGCAGGGGGGUUUGAACUUUUGAGACUCAGGGGAAGUACAAGGAGCCGCCAACUGCUUCCUCUUCCAUGUCCUAACAGAGGCUACACUGUGGACUAUCUGAAAGAUCCAAGUCUUGGAAUAAACCAGACAACAAUUUAUAUUCGCCCUCUGCAGCUCAGCAUGAGCAUGGAACAAGAAGCGAGUGAUGCGAGGACGGAAAUUGGACCACAGACUGCAUGCAUUGUGUGUGGAGAGGAAUUUCCAUUUUCCCAAAUAAGGCAACACAAUGUGGCAUGCUUAAGUCAUUCACAGGGUGAUAAUGAGCCUAGAGCUGGAUCCAGUGGGACAGGUGCGCUGACCUCACAAGAGGUGGCUAUGUUUGAAGACAGCCUGGACACAGUUUCAGCUCAGGCAAGCUCAUCACACCAGCUGAGGGUCCCAUCAGGAGAUCGUGAACAUCCAGUGGAAGCAAGCUCAUCAUACCAUCUGGGGGUCUCAUCAGGUGAUCCUGAACAUCCAGUGGAUGCGGCAAACUCAUCAAACCAAUUGCGGGACCCAUUAGGAGAUCCUGAACAUCCAGUAGACGGCGUAGAUGCUUGGAUUACAGAGGUGGAUCCCAUCAAGGCAGCACAACUUUUUACACACAUCACUCGUGAGGCCCACAAAGACGGCAACCACCAAGUUUUUAAUCUAAGUCUGCUGGAUUCAGUGGAGGACAGGAACCGAGCCAUUGUAUCUUUCUAUAAGAGGCCACGGGUGCAGUGGGCUAAUCAACUGCAGUGCAAACUUACAGGUGAUGCUGCCAUUGGUGAUGGGGUCACUAGGUAUGUUCUAUCAACUGUCAUGGACUACCUACAAACUGGAUUCAUUCUGGAUGAAGCAAAGGGAGUAAGGACUCUUCUCUUUGAGGGUGAGCAGGAUCACCUAGUGCCAUCCACCUCUCGGGAACUACAGGAGAGUGAUAUGUUUGUGGUAGCAGGCCGUAUAUUGGGUCAUUGCUUUUUACAUGAUGGCCCACGUCUUUUCGGCUUAAGCCUUGCUGUGAUCCAUGUCCUGUUUGGGGGAUCGCAAGAGACGGCAACUAUUACCCUUGAGGACUGUGUGGAUCAAGAAGUUCGUGAGGUUAUCUCCUUGCUGGAAGGAACAGAGAUCCUCCUGGAGGAGGAAAAAUCGAAGGUUCUUGCAGUGAGCCUGCCCUGGGACCUGCCUCCUGUCACAAGCGAAAAUAGGUGGUGGCUAAAGGACAGAAUCCUUACUCAUGCAUUUCGCAAUGUGUAUGUCUUUAACACCUGCUGA